GGCGGUUGCGAUCGCAGACCAGCUUGCAGCUUCUCCUGGCUCUCGUCCGUUUCUCGCAAUGGCCCGCGAUGGCAGGCGUGGCCGUCCUGGCCGCGGCAGCCGUGGCGCAUGCGAUGCAGCAGCUGUGGAUCAAGUCGUGGACGGACGCCUCCAUCGCCGAUCCCGGCGGCGCGGCAGCGGCACGGCGGUACUGGGUCGGAGGACUCGUCGGCAUCUGCGUUGCCAACGUGCUGUGCCGCUUGCUGGGCGGCGUGCUGCUGGCGGCCACUGCGCUGUUCAUGUCCGGCUCUCUGCACCGCGCCAUGCUGGAAGGUGUUCUUCACAGUCCGGUGUCUUUCUUCGACGCGUCGCCCAGGGGCCGAGUGCUGAACCGGUUCGCCGGUGACCUGGACAUCAUGGACGCCGAAUCGUUCGUUUGCGGCAAGCAGUGCGUCCAGGGGUCGCUGAUCACAGUCGCCAGCGUCGCGGUGGUUGCCACGCAGGCGCCCCUGGUGGUGGUGGUCACUGCAGUUGUGGCCGUCCUCGCCGCAAAGGGUUUUAGCAUGGCCGUGAGCGCGUCGCACAGUUCGCGCUUCUACGACAGCGUGUCCACUUCGAAGCUGCUGCAGCACAUGACCGAGACUCUGGAGGCGCUGAGCAGCGUGCGGGCGUACGGCGUCCUGGAGAGGUUCCGGCGGCACUUCUACCGCCUCGACGACAUGUGCCUGCGCGGUUAUUCUUCCUACGCCGCCUGCUACCGUCUCACGCGGACCGUCACGGCCGCGGGUGGGUUCGUGGUCGUGCUCGCAGCGAUGCUGUUCAGCACCGUGGGCAGCAUGGCAGCGCCCGAUCCGAGCAGCUUGGGACUCACCCUCAGUUCAGCCACCUCGAUUCCGCUGGCGCUGGUGAGCCUUUGCCUGAUGCUGUUCGGUACACUUCAGUUAAUGGUGUCCUUCGAGCGUUGUUUGGAGUACACGGAGCUGCCGCCUGAGACUGACGUCGACGGGAUCCCUGGAGGAGAACAACAGGAUUUGGGCUGCCUGGCUUUGUCCGAGGACUGGCCGUCGGAAGGCGGAGUCACGUUUCAGGAGUACUCCGCUUCGUACCGACCUGGCAUCGCACCGAACGUUCUCAACGGCGUCACUUUCACGGUGCAGCCUAGGCAGAAAGUGGGCGUCGUUGGAAGGACGGGGGCCGGCAAGUCUUCUCUCGUGCUUGCCCUUUUGCGCAUUCUUAAAGCUUCUCAAGGACGCAUCCUCAUCGACGGCGUCGACAUUGCCGAAGUUCCUCUGAAAAGGCUGCGCCGGGCCAUCACGGUCAUUCCGCAGGACCCGAGCCUGGUCCGAGGCACGAUGCGCAUGAACUUGGAUCCGACAGGCUCACACUCCGAUGACCAGCUAUGGCAGGCGUUGCGCCACGUCCACCUGGGACCCUUAGUCAAAGGUCACCCAGCCGGACUGGACAUGGAGACCGCUGACGGGGGCACGAACCUCAGCGUCGGUCAGCGGCAGCUGGUGUGCCUCGCCCGCGCCCUGCUGCGCGACUCGAAGGUGCUGCUGCUGGACGAGGCCACCUCGCAGAUGGACGGUGACACGGACCGCCUCAUCCAGGCGACGCUCAGGGAGGCAUUCGGGAACAGCACGCUGAUGGCCAUCGCACACCGGAUACACACCGUGCUCGACUACGACAGAAUACUCGUCAUGGAGGACGGAAGAGUGAGGGAGUACGACACGCCGGCCUCUCUGCUCUCCGAUCGUAGCAGCUGCUUCUACAGGAUGGCCGCGGACGCUGGCGUCGCCGCUGCCAGUCGAAGCGAUCAUCCAUUCGACGUAACAUCGUUGUGAAAGGACCUUUCAAAAUAAAACGUCAGACGCGGCGACACUGCUGCUGCGACUGCGCCUGAUGGAUGUUGAUAACGGCAGGUCUUUCGAUCCCCGAGACCAAACUCGUGUGUCCGAUUCAAAUCAUCUUGUAAAUCUUUCCCACCAUUCCUAUACUUCGUCCUCUUACGAAUUAAAAGCGUGUGUUAGUGCUCGUACAACUUCGAAAAGACGCGUGAGUAUUCCUUUAAUGCUAAUAUUUAUAGUCUGAUGUAAUACUACAACUCAGUAAAUAUAAGAGAGUCCGUGAAAAAAAACAGGGGCUGACAUUUCGAUUUUGACUGUCCGGGACUCUUUGACGUGUCACUCAAGUCGAAGUGUAGCGGAGUUUCUGCAUACCGCCGACAUCGGAAUACGGCCGCCGCAGCCUAAGCCGUAUACACUUGCAAAACGACAUUGCAAAAACGACGAAGCGAAAUGGACGCAGCGCUCAAUCGGCAGGGCUACUUUUAAGUGCCAUGUAUUCCGUCUUUAUCCCUAAUAUUAACUAUGUCCGAGCAGACGCCUUCGAAAUUUGUGACUCGUGGCAUGCUGGCACGAGAAUUUCAAUACGACGUCGGUCGCCCAUCUUUCAUCAUUGCGUCUUUUCCGGCUUAUAAAUUAGGGUUCCUCUCGUGGUAAGAAUUAUGCCUCUUGUUUUUGCUAUUCUAAAACGAGUUGUUCUAAUAAAGCUCUCUGUAGCCUUCUUUUCAUUGUCCCUUUAUUCAAUGGUGGAAAGAGUCUGAGUUCUAGAAUUCUUACGUUUUCGUUUUAUUAGUCUCUUUAAGUAUAUUAUUUCUCUAGUUAUCUAAGGGCUUCUAUUGCUAGUUUUCUUUUUAAAACACGUAACAUCAAAAAAAAAAAAAGAAAGUUGCUUUUGCUACGCCGAGGCCUGACGAAUUCUUCACGGAUAUGUUACGAAGCGCUAACCAUAAAUUAGGCGCAGGAUUUGACGCGCAAGGCUUUUUCAGCGUUUAUGAAAUUUUGAGCACCAUAAGACCAACUACGGUGUAUAGGACGCUGUAGUCUACAGCAGGUAGGGCUGUUUAACAGAGAUUUUUGCGACGUAAUCGAAUACGAAACGAAUAGUGCCAUAAGCGGAUCGAAUCGAAUAGUUUUCGAAUAGCCUUCUAAUAAUGAAUAGCCGAUAUCACAGAUAAUAUAAAACGA